UCGGUUUGUUGUAGCAUAUUGCAUUCGUCGUUAUAUAUUUUUGAAAAUAUAUCUAAACUGUAGAAAUUUAAAGAUAUAUCUUAAAACAGUAUGGAAAAUCGAUUAAAUCGUUACGAAAAAAUAGAGUUUUUGGGUGAAGGUCAGUUUGCCACCGUCUACAAGGCCCGAGAUAUCGAAACAAACGAAAUUGUUGCGGUGAAGAAAAUUAAGAUCGGAAACCGUGAAGAGGCGGCGGACGGAAUCAAUCGAACCGCCCUGAGAGAAAUAAAACUGUUACAUGAACUGCACCAUGAGAACAUUAUCGGCCUGCUGGAUGUGUUCGGGCAUAAAAGUAACGUUUCAUUGGUGUUUGAUUUUAUGGAUACUGAUUUAGAAAUCAUCAUCAAGGAUCCAAAGAUUCUGCUGACACCGGCAAACAUCAAAUGUUACAUGAUCCAGACGCUGAGAGGUCUAGAAUAUCUUCAUAUGCACUGGAUUCUACACCGAGAUCUGAAACCAAACAAUUUGCUAUUAAGUGGGAGUGGAGUACUGAAAAUCGGAGAUUUCGGUUUGGCCAAAUUUUAUGGUUCUCCUAAUCGAAUAAACACCAAUCAGGUGGUGACUCGUUGGUAUCGAAGUCCAGAACUUCUGUUUGGAGCCCGUCAGUAUUCCACCGGGGUGGACAUAUGGGCCGUUGGUUGCAUUUUAGCGGAACUGUUGCUUCGGGUACCGUUUCUACCGGGUGAAAGCGAUCUGGAUCAGCUGACACGAAUUUUCAAAGUUAUGGGUACUCCAACAGAAGAAAACUGGCCUGACGUCAAAUCGCUGCCGGAUUACGUACAGUACAAAUAUGUUCCUCCAAUUCCGCUGCGAGAUAUCUUCACGGCCGCCUCGGAUGAUUUGAUCGAAUUGGCCAACAAAAUGCUGGCGUUGUACCCGCCCAGUCGAUGCACCAGUACCGAGGCGUUGAUGAUGGCAUAUUUCUCCAACAAACCGGCUCCAUCGCUGGGAAGCAAACUGCCAAUGCCGGCCAGUUACUAUGCGGGAAGUAAGGAAAAGGAAGACAAACAACCGACCCUGAAGCGAAAACUGCCGGAGAACGUGGAUGGUGGUACAUUGCCGAAACGGUUACAGUUUUAAGACGGAUUGCGUAACUCCCAUUGUGUACAUUUUAAAGUUGGAUGGUAAUAAAUUAUUUAUGACUUAAAAUGAAUGCAUUCUGCAAGAACCGAGCAAAACUGUAGGUUAAUAAAUGAGUUUAGUUAGAUUUUCA